UGCGUAUUGGUGUUUGCAGUGUAAAGAGUUGCAGUGUCAUGUUGGUGCACAAAUUCCUCCCCGCUCCGGUUGGACUCCAGCCCGCAGAGACGCAGCGCAGCGACUCCGCGCAUUUGUGACUUUGACGCGGAUCCGAGCGACCGAUCCGCAGGUUUGAGUCCACCGGAGAGGACCGAGAAGCUUCCGCCGGAGAAACACCCUCCUGUGGCCGGACAGAUAAAGUCCCCCGCGGUGGUUUCUGGCGUGAUUUCGCAGCUGUCGUUCAGGUUGGAGGAAAAGCUUCACUACAGACGUCCUGUUAAAGAAAUCUCUGCUACGAUACGACUGAUUGCGUUUGCCAACCACUUCUUCUUCUCCUCUGGAGCUCUACAUGGCAGAGGACUCUCAGAAACAUCCGGAUGGAUUACUUUCAAAGCCCAGAAACUUGUACAUUAUGGACCAACAGUCAUUUAGCGAUCGUGGUUUGACUCGCUGUGUGGGAACCGUCUGAUCCUGACGUAAAGGCUGUCAGUCAUGUCGGAGGCUGGAUGUGUGAAUGAGGGAGCAUCGUGUGGUUUGCCAUUGGUCUACAAGCUGGUUUCACCGCCGCGUUCGAGCAGAGAAAUACAAAGCAGGAACUCAUUUAUUGCAGCAAACGGCCUGCUCUGCCUGAUCACCAAUGGAUAAUACUGUUCUGGCUUAUCUCUUGGGAAACAUAGACUCACUGAAGACAUUUUUGUGCUAAAUCUUCUGCAAAAAUGGAAAAACUAAAGACAUCUGCUCACUGGAAACUUUACAUUCAUGAGCUAAAGACCAAAGGAAUUUGCUCUGUUGACAGUCUGACCCCAAUGGGAUAAGAACUGAACUUCUUGGACUUUACAAGACUGUAUGACUGAGCAGGUACCGAUCACUAAUAACUAGAACAACUAAAUCUGGAGUUACUGCUACGCACUCUCCAGAAUGCAUUGCUCACUGAGGAAGAAACGUCCAACACGCGACUCAGAUUUCUCAGCUAUCGUGGUUCCUUCAAUGCACGGGUCCGGAUAUCUGGACUACACCGUCGAGAAUCACGCUUCCAGAUCGCUGAAGGUCAUGGACGAGUUCAGACGCCAUGAGAUGUUGUGCGACCUGGUGCUGCACGUCACCUACAAGGACAGGACAGUGGACUUCAAGGUGCACAGGGUGGUUCUGGCCUCCUGCAGCCCCUACUUCAGAGCCAUGUUCACCAGCAGCUUCAAAGAGUGCGGCGCCUCCGAGGUGACCCUGCGCGAUGUCUGCCCCCAGGUGGUGGGAAGACUCAUCGACUUUGCCUACACCUCCCACAUCACGGUGGGAGAGAAGUGUGUGCUUCACGUUCUUCUGGCUGCUAUGAGAUACCAGAUGGAGGACGUGGCCAAAGCGUGUUGCGAUUUCCUCGUUAAACAUCUGGAGCCGGCCAACGUCAUCGGCAUCGCUCGCUUUGCAGAAGAGAUCGGCUGCACGGAGCUGCACCAGCGGAGCCGAGAGUACAUCAACACACACUUCAACGAGGUGACCAAAGAGGACGAGUUCUUCAGCCUCAGUCACUGCCAGCUGCUGGAGCUCAUCAGUCAGGAGAGUCUCAAGGUGCUCUGUGAGUCGGAGGUGUAUAAGGCCUGUACCGACUGGGUGCGCUGGGACAUGGAGGGCAGAGCUCAGUAUCUUCAUGCUCUCCUGAAUGCUGUUCAUAUCUACGCUCUGCCUCCGAAGUUCCUGAAGACCCAGCUGCUGUCUUGUCCCAUCCUCAGUAAGGCCAAUUCCUGUAAGGACUUCCUGUCUAAAAUCUUCCAGGAUAUGACGCUCAGGAAGCUUCCUCCUGCACCUAACCGUGGAACCCAACUCAUCUACGUGGCGGGGGGAUACCGCCAGCAUUCUCUGUCCUCCAUGGAGGCUUAUGAUCCCAGGAGGAAUGUCUGGAUAAAACUGGCCGACAUGGGGACUCCGUGCAGUGGUCUGGGAGCCUGUGCACUGUUUGGUCUGCUCUACACUGUUGGAGGCAGGAACAUGUCGCUCCAAAACAACACCGAGUCCAACGCCCUGUGCUGCUACAACCCCAUGACGAACCAGUGGAGCCAGAGGGCCUCCCUGAACGUCCCCAGGAACAGGGUCGGCGUGGGCGUGGUGGACGGCUGCAUCUACGCCGUCGGAGGUUCCCAGGGCUCGAUGCAUCACAGCACGGUGGAGAGGUGGGAUCCAGAGUCUAACCGCUGGUCCUUUGUUUGUCCGAUGUCGAUGGCUCGCCUUGGGGCCGGAGUGGCAGCCUGUGGGGGGGCUCUGUAUGUGGUGGGGGGGUAUGAUGGACAGAACCGCUGGAACACUGCUGAGAAAUACCAGCCUGACACUAACAGCUGGCAACAACUGGCUCCCAUGAACACUAUUCGCAGCGGACUGGGGCUGGUGUGUAUGAACUCGUACCUGUACGCUGUAGGAGGCUACGACGGGCGGUCGCAGCUGUGCUCUGUGGAACGUUACAACACCGUGAGGAACAUCUGGGAGCCCAGAGCCUCCAUGCAGUACUGUCGCAGCGCACAUGGAAUCACAGUCCACCAGGGACGCAUCUUUGUCUUCGGAGGUUUUAACCAGCACGGCUUCCUGUCCAGCGUCGAGUGUUACUGCCCAGAAAGAAAUGAAUGGACUUGCGUCACCGACAUGCCUCUCGGACGCAGCGGCAUGGGCGUCGCCGUUACCAUGGAGCCGUGUCCCGGCAGCCUGCCAGAACCAGAGGAGGACGAGGAUGGAGCCACGUAAGAUGAAAUCUAUUGUAGCCUCAAGUGUUGGAUUCACUUUUAAGUGGUGCUGCUUUUCAAGACGGGGGGCCCAAGUGCAUCAAAUACAAAAAAAACAUUCCAAAAUAAAACUCCCCACGUCUCCCUGCCAUCGUGGAUCGUAUUUGUAUCGCACUAGCGGAUACAGCUACAGUCUGUGUGGGAACUUUGAAGAGGAAGACAUUUAUGUCUACGUCUGCUUCAAGUGAUGCAGAACAAGCGGUAGCAUGACAGAGACCUCACAGUGAACUGGUGCUACUGAUGUAAACUCAAAUAAUAUUUAAUUAAAUGUUAUUCUUCAGCCUUUAAUCUCUUUAGUGCUCGGUUUCAUUUGUAGAUUUACUUGAACGUCCUUCUGUGUGUCCUUCUUUCUGAUUCCUCUACCUACAUGUGUCUGUUUCUCUGUCCAAAAGAGCACUUUUUAUGUGUCCUCUUCAUUUUGUGCCAAAGUAGUUCCAUCAAAAGCUGCCAUUUUAUAUGAUUUUGUGCGUGUGUGCAAUCACUGUAUUUUAUUUGAUGUCUCUGAAAAUAAAUUGAAUCAAAUAUGUAAAGUA